AUGAGCACGAUAGAAUGGCCAUCAAGGGUCGUGCCAGCACGCCUGGCCUUCCUCGCCAUCUACAAUCCGACCCUAGGCCCGACCGAUGAGACCUUCCGCGACCAGCUCGUCUACUACUACUCGCGCGUCGCCAACGAGGCUCGCGCCGCCGCGAAGAAACAGUCGCGCAGCGAAGGAGUGGGCAGCGAUGCGCUGCGCCAGGAAGAGAAUGAGAAGUUGAGGCAGAUUGGGCUUGCGCAGGGUAUGGUGGAUUUCGCGAAGAGCUUUUCGAAUGGCGAGCCCGUGGACUCGAUCGAGACGGACAGGAGCAGGAUAGUUCUGCGCGAGCUGGAGAAGGGGUGGUGGAUACUUGCGUCGAUCGAUCUUACUCAAUUGCCUUCAAUACCGCCCUCAGACUCUGCGAAGAAGGGCGGCGACAGUAGCGAUCAGCAACUCACCGUCGAAUACUCCUCUCGAGAGAUCAGUCCACCUGCGCUGCUAGUCCAGCAAUUGCUCCAGGCGCAUUCGAUAUUCUGCUUGCACCACGGUCCUUCGCUGGAUGACCUCUUCGUCCGCUUGUCAAGAGAUAAAUUCUGUAACACGCUGGAUCGAUACUGGUCACGCUUUUCGAGGAGCUGGGAUGUGCUGCUGCAUGGCAACCCGGCCGUCGACAUCUUCAAUGGCAUAAAGCUUGCGAGUGGAGGCGAGCUGGGCUAUGGAGUUGGAGAGGAGGAAUGGGGCAGCGGGGAGAGGGAGGUCCUGGAAGAUCUGGUACGACGGACUGAGGGACUGGAGGAUGUACUCGUCUCGAGAUUCGGAGAUCCCGUGUCAGAAGAUAAAGAGAAGGCGGAUGACGAAGAGGCGAUGCCAUGGAUGGGGAAUGGUACUCCGCCGAUUGCAUCAGAUGGGAUAGUGUUCUCAGGAAUAGGCGCGCUGGAACGACAUUCGAUACGUGACGUAUCGCUCUGGAUGAGACAGAUCUACAGCUACGGCGAGUAUGCAUACGGCGUCCGCGACAACCCGCUACGUGACCGUCGGAAACGCAGACGAAGGAAUCCGGACCCAAGAAGGUCGUCGAAUGGAAACGCCAUUACACCCAAGCCACCUUCUCCAGAGCGUGGCGAUCUCAAACAGGCUCAAGACGAACAACCACUUGACUCUGCCGAAGUACAGGGGGAAGUUGAGCCUGGCGCAGUUGUAGAUCGACGGCCGGAGAUCCAUCCUCGUGUUGCAUCUCACGACUACGCAACAACGCCAGAGCGAACGCCGACGCCAGCGGAUCCCAGCAGACCGAGCGUACCACCGCCAAUAGUUACGGCCACAGAGAGGGCGCUGGAGAAUGCUACGCGCAACGCUGAUCAGAGCACUUCGGAGAGGGAGGAUGACGAUGAGGUUGCGGUGCAGGAGCCUGCUACCACACUCGGCAUUCCGGAUCAGUACAUGAAGUACCUGACGUUCGGACUCAGUACUUUCGGCAAGAAUUCACAGAAGCGCCCCUCGACUUCGCGGCAGAGCUCUGCUAGUAUGCAGUCGAAGCGACCUUUUUCCACGAAGAGGAAAGAUAACGGCAAAGGGCAGAAGGAGCCUGAACCUGAGGAGAAUGCAGUCAUGACCCAGGUCGAUCCUAUACCAGAUGGCGAGACGCUCAGGUCGAAGGCUGCUGCUCAGAUACGGCAAGAGAACAGAGGUCACUUCUUGAUCGGUCUGCGAGGCGACCUGGACGCCUCGACGGAAGCCGAGGACGUCGACUUUACUGACGGUAGCUUGAACACUGAUGGGGCUGGCUCUCGUAUUGUCUUGCGUACCAUCCAAGUUGAGCUGAUUAAGCGACCAAUCGACGAGCCGGAGGACGAGGCUAAGGCCACUGUACCGGAUGUCACAACCGGCAUUGAGGCAAUCAUGAAAUACAGGCGAAUGAGAGUGCUGAUAUACGUCCACCGGCCUUUCAUCUACUGUUUUCUCUUCAGGAACCGAACCUCGUCACUGCAAUGGACAGAAUUCUACCGCUCCCUCCACCAGAUCCUCUCGCCUAUUCGCAAAGCAUUGCUCUCGUCUACCGACGUCGAUAAGAUCGCACAACGGAUCGAGAGCUCUCACGCCGCGACAGCUACCGACACACCAGAAAGCGACACAGCCAGCACCACCGAGCGUAACACCCUGCCGUCCAAAGGCAAAAGCUCCGCUCCAAUCUUCGACCUCAUCUACGACCCUCGUCUCCUCACGGUCCACACCAGUAUACCCAACAUUCCCAUCCCUGGCACUCCAGCCGCCGAAGGCAUCCUCACAAUGCUGCGCAGCGACACCUCCGCUCCUGCCGAGUGGACUCGUCUGGAGGCCCUCAAUGUCCACAGCCAGAUCCUCAACACCCUGCAAAGCGUUCGGAGUCGCAAGAACGACAUCGAGCGCACCAGUAAGACGAGUCGCGGCUGGUGGGUGGUGUGGAUGAAGGUUCCGCCUUCUGCUCCGGCGAUUGCUACCACCGACGCUGAAGAUGAAACGGGCAGCCAGGAGUCUGUCGCGACGUUGCGCAGCGAUCAAAAUAUCCACAUAGCAGGCGAGGAGAUGAAGGUGGAGACUGUGCCCGAGACGCAACCGGAUAUGCAUCGUAUUGCAUUCUUAGUGCGGAAGGCCACAGAUUCGGGCAGGGUGUCCAAGUCUACAUCCUCAGCGGGCAGCAAUGCGAUGACGAGCCUAUUCAGCAACAUGUCGCUGGGUCUCGGAAGCCGAGACAGAGACCCUACAGGCGGCGCUAGCGCAGGAUGGGGUCCCGCCGCGCUCGCUGGCGGGAUUGGGGUGGAUGCUAGGAGAUACGUGGAAGGGCUGUUGAGUUUGAACCGAUAG